AUGGUGGAUUCUGAUGCUUCAUCCAACGAGGAGUAUGGACCAACGGAGCUUAACCAAAUGAUUCGAGAUGAGUCCUUCGAUUCGUCGGAUUCGAACGAAGAAGUGGACAUGAGCAUGCAAGAGGAAAUGAACCGGCAAGUGGAGCAUAUUCUCAACUUCAAGGGCUCAAUCAAAGGGAGAAGAGUGAUCAACCGGAACAGGGUGUCCGGAGCAAAGCUACUGCACAAUGACUACUUUGCUCCCACACCUGCUUUCCCGGAAGAUCCAUGGCUUUGUUGCCGUUUCCGCAUGCGGAAACCAUUGUUUUUGCGCAUUGUGGAGGGAGUGGAGCCACAUGACGACUACUUCCAGCUCAGAAGGGAUUGUUGUGGCCAACUCUCUUUCUCGACCAAGCAGAAGUGCACGACUGCUCUGAGGAUGCUUGCACUUGGUACUGCUGCAGACGCCUUUGGUGAGAUGGUCAGGAUGGGGAGAGCACGUGCCUGA